AUGGCUGAAUCAUAUUUUUCCGAAUUGCGCUUGGUGCAGUACCUGGGCAGGCUCACAUAUGAAGAGUUUGGGAGGUUUAAGGAACUCCUCCAGUGUGAACCUCUGAAAUCCCAGCUCCCACCCAUCCCCUGGCCGGAGAUCAACAGUGCCUCAGAGGAAGAGCUGGCCAGGUUUCUGGUGGGGCACUACCCUGGCAGGCAGGUGUGGGACAUGACCUUGAGCCUCCUCCUGCAGAUCGAUAGGAAGGAUCUCUGGAUGCAGGUGCAGGAAGAGAUGGGAAAUACAUCCUUCGCCUACAGAAAGCACAUGAGGGAAAAAUUCCAGCAGGUGUGGGAAAGGGAAACCUGCCUUCAAGUCCCUGAUGAGUUCUAUAAAAAUACCAUGAGGCCCCAAUACACAUGGCUGUGCAAUGCAUUUGCUCACCAGGUAGCCAGCGGCGUCACCGCAGUCCUGUUUGGCCCGGAGGGCAUCGGGAAAACAACACUUCUGAGAAGGCUGAUGCUGGACUGGGCGGAGGGAACCCUCUGGGAGGGCAGAUUCAUGUUUGUGUUCUUCUUUGCGGUCUACGAGAUCAACUCAGUGGUGGAGACCAGUCUGGCGGAGCUGGUCUCCAGGGACUGGCCCGGGGCCUCUGCGGUCAUCGGCGAGAUGUUCUCCCAGCCAGAGAGAACCCUGUUUAUCCUGGAUGGGUUUGAGAAGCUUAACUUUGACCUGGAAAUUCGGACUGACUUGUGUACCAAGUGGGAUCAGAGACGGCCGACCCCCGUUAUCCUGAGCAGCUUGCUGCAGAAAGAGCUGCUCCCUGAAUCAUCCCUGCUGCUUGGGCUACGGAAUGCCAGGGAGAUGAUCCCCAUCCAUCACUUGUUGAAGCAGCCAAAGGACAUCAUGAUCUUCCAUUUCUCGAAUAUUCUGCUAGAGUUGUAUUUCUCCCAGUUCUUCCAUGUUCCAGAACAUGCGUCUGCGGCCCUGGAGUUCGUGCAGUCCAGGUUGGAUCUGUUGUCUGUCUGCAACCGGCCCAUCUUCUGCUGGAUGACCUGCAGCUGUUUGAAAUGGCAGCUCGAGUCAGGGGACUACUUUAGAAUGUCCGCCCACAACAUCACUUCUUUCUACGUAUCCUUCCUCACAAGUGUGUUCAAAAGAAGAUAUCUGAAAUGCUCACCAGAUCAGAACAGGGCCCAGCUCCAAAGCCUCUGCACGCUGGCUGCACACGGAAUGUGGACACGCAUGUUUGUGUUCAGCUGUGGGGACCUGGCCGGGUUUGGGGUCUCCUCAGUAGACAUCCUGCUGUGGCUGGGCCUGGACAUCCUUCAGCCCAGCGGCCAGUGCUUCAUCUUCAGGGACCUGGCCAUGCAGUCGUUUUUGGCCGCCAUGUUUUAUUUCUUUGACGAAUCUACAGACGCUGAUUUUGGUGGUGUGGCUCAGCUGGUGUCGGCGGUCUUGCGUGACAACCAGAGCCAUUUGUUUGUGGAAGGAGUGUUUGUGUACGGACUUACAGAUGAGACAACGAGGAAGGAGCUGGAGACCUCACUCGGUUUCCUGCUGUCAAAGAACAAGAAGCUGGAGAUCAUGCAAGCUCUAACGUGCCUCCGAGAGCGGGGCGAGGCCAUGAGCCUCCCAGAGUUGUUCCAAGGCUUGAUGGAAACCAGGGAUGAGGCCUUUAUGGGCAGCGUGCUAGAUCUAUUCGAAGAAAUGUCGCUCACAAUUUGCGAGAUGGAUCACUUCAUCGUGGCCACCUCCUGCCUGGAACACUGCCGGAGGCUGAGGACGCUGCGCCUGUGCAUCCACACCAUCUUCCAGGACUCCAAGCACAUCUGGGACCUGGAGGAACACGGGAGCAACAGGACGUUCCGAGGCCACCGAGGGGAGGACGGGAAUCUGUGUGAAUUCAGGAGAUUCUGCAGGGUACUCGGCUGUAUCCCAGACCUGCAGAGGCUGGAGCUGCACAGGUUCAGGAUCACCAUUGGGUACCUUAGAAUUCUCUUUUCAGCACUGGCUAACUGUACGGGCAGCCUCCAGAGCUUGUGGAGCACCUUUAUGCCUUCUGGAGAUUAUGAGCGAGAAUUUUUUGAGGCAGUGCUUCGUAGCCCUUACCUGAGGCAGGUGAAUCUGUAUGGAACCGGCUUCGAGGAGAAUGUCACAAUCUUAUGUGACACACUGAUGAAGCCAGACAACACCGUGGAGGACUUGAUGCUGGGGAAGUGUAACAUCUUGACGAGGCAUUGCGAGAGCUUCAGCUUCGUCAUAAAGUAUCAGAGGCUGCGGUGUCUGUCCUUGGUGGACAAUCCUAUUGGGAACAGAGGGGUGCAGCUUCUCUGUGGAGGCCUGAAGGACCCAAACUGCAUCCUGAACACCCUCAUGUUGUCGUACUGCUGUCUUACCCAGGUCGCUUGUGACUACAUUGCCCAAGCCCUUCGGGUGAACCGAUCUCUGUCUCUGCUUGACAUGGGGUCAAAUUUCCUGGAGGAUGUUGGGGCGGUGAAUCUGUGUAAAGCCUUGCGACAACCAGACUGCAGCCUACAGGAGCUCUGGCUGCCAGGCUGUUACUUCACUUCCGGGUGCUGCGAGGUCUUUUCCGAGGCAAUGACCUGCAAUGGUAACCUAAAGACCCUGAAACUCGGGGGCAACAAAAUCCAGGAUUCCGGCGUAAAACUCCUGUGCGAGGCCCUGCAGCACCCCAAGUGUGGACUGCAGACGCUCGGGCUGGACAUGUGUCCGCUCACCUCCGACUGCUGUGGAGACCUUGCCGCGGCCCUCAUCAGCUGCCCAUCGCUCAGGAGGCUGAGCCUGGACUGGGUGGCCUUUGACCACGCGGGUGUGGAGGCGCUGUGCGUGGCACUCAGCCACCAGGACUGCACCCUGGAGCUGCUGGGUCUGGACAAAGUUCUGCUGGAUGAGGACUCGCAGAAGCUUCUGGAAGUGGUGGUGGAGAACCGCGUCCCCCCAUUGACCAUCACACACCAGCCCUGGCUCAGUGAGGAGUACCAGCUGAGGGGGGUUCCUGAGCUCUAG